AUGGCCCAAGCGGCCAACACCGAUGGCACGGUGGCCAUGCCUCGCCUGGAAGAUAUUCUACGCCACCCAGAGGAUCUGGACAAGAUCAAUGGUCUCAAAGCCGAAUACUUGCGGAAGAAAGGCGCCGUCGAUUCACAACUCCGUGAAGGCCUGCGAGACCAGUUGGAAGCAGUGCAGCGAAGUAUUGGGAUUUUGUCGGAAGGUCAGCGACAAGUUAUGAAAACCAAGGAUGAAUUGUACGGGAUCGACAAGUUGUGCGCCGAAUCCCAGAACAGUGUAGAGGACUUUGCGCAGAUCGACAAACUCGCUCGGAUUCAACGAAAUUUCGAUGCUACUUUGUUGAUGAAGAGAGGGCUGGAGAACUUCAGCGCUGACAUAGAAGAGGUGGAAAAUUUACUCAGAGAAGACGACGAUGACCUUGAAAAUCAACCCAAUUUACUCCGAGCACAUAUGAAUAUCUCGCGGUUGCGGGAUUUCCGGGAUGAGGCGAUGGAUCAGAUUCGCAAAGCGAAUGAUCCAAGUGCUGAGGAGACUUUGACAGAAUAUUUUGAAGGCUUAGACUCUGUGAUCGACUGGUUUGAUGAUCACCUCGGCACGGCGUGCAUGAACCUGAUCCCUCUGGUUCAGGAAGAUAAUAAGAGUAUGGUUGUUCGACUCGCAGUGGUGGUUGCCAACGAAGAGAAGAACGAUGAGACCGUGAGGGCACUGCAAGAGGCUCAAAAAGACCACAAAGACUUGGCAAGCCGCUUCAAGUCGAUGAAUAUCGGCCCCAAGACCGUUCGUGGGUACAAGGAGAAAUUCAUGCAGGCCAUUGAGUUCUACGCGUCGAAUCAAUUUGAAAGGACCAAAGAAGAAUUCUUGGGAGACCCUGACCUUCUGGAGAAGAGUUUCCGGUGGUUUUUCAAUGAUCUUUUCACAGUGAAGCAGGGGAUGCAGAACCUAGUGCCGAAGAAAUGGAAGAUAUUCAAGACAUACACCAAUAUCUAUCAUCGGAUGAUGCAUGACUUCCUCGUUGGUAUGAUCGAUGACCCUGAGAUCCCUGCCGACAAUCUGUUGAAGAUCAUCCACUGGAGCGACAAGUAUUACAAGAAAAUGAUGAAGCUGGGCUGGUCACCAGCUGAACUUCAACCCAACAUUCUGGAUGACCGUGAGCCUGAACUUGUGCGCCAGUGGCAGAGUGUUAUUAUCAACGCGGUGGAGGAGUUCAUGGACCGCAUCUUCGAGGCUGAUAAGCAAGGCCUCAUGGAGCGACAACCAGAUGCCCUGGACACCAAUGCAGACGGAUACUUCCGCACCAAGACCCUUGCAGACAUGUGGCGUAUGCUUCACGAGCAGGUCAUGGCCUCCGCUGCAUCUGAACGAGCCGACGUGAUCGAAGGCGUUAUCGACGCCAUGUUCCGCGCAUUGAAGACUCGGAUGAGCGCAUGGGUCGCAGUCAUUGACGAAGAAUGUACCAAGCACAAAGCACCAGGUGGCGACCAAGCCGAAGGCGUGCAGCUUCUACAGGACUGGCUGAUCGGAGUAGCCAACGACCAGAUUGCCUGUAUCGAUGACAACAAGGAGACCGGUCAGCUGGGAUACCUUACAAGAUUCAAGUGUGACAUUGAGCCGCUGGUGACACCCAAAUACAUGGCCACCCGGGCAAAUGCCGAGUUGGACGCAUUGCGCGACAGCUACGUUGACCUGAGCACACACUGUCUGGCGCAGUUUGUGGCCGUGAUAUUCACCGUGGAUCUGGCAACCGUCAUUCCAGACUUGUUCACAUCGAAGUGGUAUGGCGAAUAUACCGUCAAGCGCAUUAUCUCCACUUUCGAGGACUACAUGGCCGACUACACACCCGUGCUCCACCCAUCUCUCGUCGACAUCCUCGUUGAAGAAUUAUCAGAUGAGCUGCUGGUGCGCUAUCUAUCAUCUGUCCGCAACAAAGGCGUCAAAUUCCGCCGCCAUGUCGAUCCGUACACCGACAAAUUCAAGGACGACGUCCUCACGGUCUUCGCUUUCUUCCAGAGAUACGAGGAUUCCUUCGAAGGAACAAUCAAACAGAAGUGGCGAUUGGUCGAUUGGCUUGUCCGUCUACUUGAUGCUGAGAAGGGCCAGCCUCUUGUCAAUGUGUACGAGUCAUUCAAGAUGGAGUACUGGGAUCUGCAACUGUCAUGGGUGGAGGCUGUGCUGCGCACUCGUGAUGACUUUGAACGAAGCAUGAUCAGCUCUAUCAAGGCCAAGGCUGCAGAAUUAUCUGUGGAGCGUGGUGCGGAAACAAUCAUGAGUCGAUUGAGGUAA